AUGGCCGAACCCAUGGUCAUCCUCUACCCAACAACCUGUCUCAUCUUGUCAGCCAUAUUCCUCGUCUUCCGAAACCGAGCCUCAAUCAUCUACUAUCUGACCCGCUGUGCUCAAUGGUUUGAUUCUGAAAACCACUACGUCGGACUACAUAUUCAAACAGACGAUACUGAAUGUGACUCCGAACCAGACUACGAGCCAAACCCCGAAGAUCUCGAAAAUCAAUGGAAAGAAAAAGAAAAACCAACAAAAAUGCACAGUCCCACCCCACCAUCCCCAAGCGACAACGACAACUACUCCACCACCCCCUCCUACCCAUCAUCAAUAUCAACCGACGAUCCGAGCUUCCCCGCAUCAAGCCCCAGAACCCCGCUGGAGAGGUAUUUCGAUCCGGAGACGGGGGAAAUCUACCCGCAGGUGCUGGAGCCGCCGACGCCGACGUGGGAAGUGGAGUUGAGGACGCGGAUUGAGAGGGGGGUUGGGUUGGAGGCGUCUUGGGAUCGGGCGGUUGACUGUAUGGUGGGGUUGUUUGUGGGGUUGCAUGUUUAG